GAGAUUCUCCAAAGAAGAACAAGAUCACCCCUCUUUGAGCUAUCGUUUCGCUUAGGAAAUGUGUUGGGCUGACGCGUCUACAGCAGAGACAAGCGAUUCCUCCGUCUGCGUAUCCUCUUUCGGGGAACGAUUCCGAUACAUCUACAGUCUCCCAUAACUCCACUCAACCUCAAAUGACCUCUCCCACGUUACCCUCGAGCCCACUCAUGACUCCCGCUCCAAGCUCUGGUCUCAGUUCCAUAGCGGAGCGCGAGAGGAAAUCUCGGGCUGCCAGUGGAUCAGGUGUAGGCGGAAUCGGAUCGGCAGGAUUUUCCGGCGAAGAGAUGGAUACUACAGAAUUGGAAGACGUAGAGGAGGAAGAAGGAGGCGACGAAGAAGGUGAAGGAGAGGAGAGUGAUGGGGUGGAUGAAGCGAAAGGAGGAGAAUUACAACGAGGUAUGGAGGGCGAGCGGAUGGUCAAGAGUGGCUUCUUGUACAAGAAGCAGGAGAGGCGCAAGGCAUGGAAGAAAAAGUGGUUCGUGUUGCGUACUGGCAAAUUAGCCUACUACAAGGAUGAAAAGGAAUACUCGCUUCGACGAGUCAUCGAUCUCAAGACUGUGCAAACUGUUGCGCCGGUGACCGUCAAAAAGCAUCCGUUCACAUUUGGUAUCGUGACGCCUAAACGGACCUUCUUCGCCAAGGCUCUGUCCCAAGAUGAGAUGGAUGAUUGGGUCAGGACGAUCAACAAUGCCCGUAGGCGCUUGUCUGAGCGAGAAGAGGAGGACAAAUCCCGAAAGGUCAGCGCUGCUACUUCGAACCUCGUUGCGAGUGGUUCUCUUCCUCGACAGGACCGUCGAGCCAGUGUCGACGAUCAAGGUACUUAUCCCGCCAUGACACCAGGAGGAAGCAUGACUACAUCACCAAUCACGAUGACGGGAGGAAACUACCUUUCUCAAGCGGGCUCUCCAAUCGCCUCGUCAUCCACUUCCCCAGCCGUGUCAAAGCCCAUGAACAUACCCAUUCAAUCUGGCGAAUACAAUCUUACCUCCCAAGUGGCACGUUUGAACCUCUCUGGAUCCGUCUCACCUACCAUUUCCAUGGCCCCAAGAUUACCAUCUCAGCGCGUUGUGUCGGGUGCAUCAACUAGACGGGACCCAUCCGCUUCUUCCUAUGGUAGUUCCGCAGCAGCGCCUCAGGAUUAUUUCGGUCCAGCGAUUGUGAAUAAUGCCUUGUCAAACUCUGGAACAACGUGGAGCCAACCUGCGCCAAGUUCAGACGAGGAGAGCUUUUCGGAUCAUCCUCAAAGUUUGGCUGGUACAUCGUUAUCCGCUCAACCGUCGUUGACCCUCAACAUGGGUCAUGUUGCGCCUGUCGAUCCGAAAAAGAUCAUCUUACAGGCGUACCUGAUGAAGAGGAGUAAAGGACGAGGGAGGAAAGUCUGGAGAAAGCGAUGGUUUUACCUGACUUCGCAAGGCUUGACGUACACCAAGUCCCACAUGGACUCUCGUCCACUCCGGUUCAUUCCACUCAGCACUGUCCUUGACGCACUCGAAGUCAACCCCGACGACGACCAAGACCUGUCCGACGAAUCAGAUUCCGACGCCGGAGAUGCGGGUUAUGUUUCACCUGUCCUCUCUCGUCAAUUCACAGGUUCUCGACGAUCACGCAGACCCGAUGACACUGCUCGACCCGAUAAGCCCGGUAUGGGUGAAAACGAACAUUUGUUCCGACUCAUCACUGCCAAACGGACCUUUGUCCUCUGCGCUCCGUCGGAAGAAGACGAGAUCAAAUGGUUAGCCGCAUUCAGAGCUUUGCUCAACCGGGAGAGGGAGAAGAAUAGAUUUUCAGCUACUGGCUCGCCUUUGUCUAGUCCCGCUCUCGAUACGGGUCCCGGCAGAUUCGCCAUGGCUCAGCAACAAUAUCAAAAGGGUCCCAGCGUGGCUCUUUAUCCACCUACGCCGUCCACGACGAGUACCGUGCAACUUCGAUCACCUUCCGUUUCGGAAGGGACCAAUAGUCUUCCUGUCACAGCUACGUCUCAAGGACCGCCCGUGAGUAGCAGUAGUGCAUCAUACACGAAUCCAGGGAUGAGAGCUAGAAGUGCAACAUAUAUCGCCAAGGGGGCAGUGGCGGACGUGACUAGGCGAUUCCAUCCUGAGAAGGAAGGUCAGGCCUGAGGAAGGGGUGGGUUAGGUUUUGUUAUGCCCAUCGUUGUCGUCCUGAGAUCUGGUCUGCUUUUCGUCUUCUUGUAUCGAGCGUCACAUUUCCUUCGCUACGUAUAAUGACGAUCUUGUCUGUAAGGGAGACUGGCAGAUAUGCAUGCAACACUAGCCA